GAAACUUGUACAAGUCCGGCAAAUAUCACCGUGCGCGCAAGAUCGAGGGGGCAAGCCAAGUCGGAUCUCAGCCAUGUCAGGUCGCAGGCCAUAUCGCCAAGUCAUCGACGGCGUGCCCAGGUGUCCUUUUCUCAAUCCUGAAAUCUUUUGCAAAGGCCUUUUGUUUCGCGCGCAAAAGGGUGACCUCGUGCAAAGCACUCACGCGAAGAGCGGGACGCACUGGGUCCACUACAUCAUGCAGCUCAUACUGAAGCAAGGCGAGCCCAUCACUACAUACCACGAGUUCACCAACAACACGCGCGCCCUCGAGUACAUGGACACCGCUGACUGGAAGUCCGCUCUUCCCGUGAGACUGUUUAUCACGCACCAGCCACUGAGCAGGGAGACCAUGAACGGGGACGCCAAGUACGUCUAUGUGGCCCGCAACCCGUGGGAUGUUUGCGUCUCACUCUUCCGCAUGGUGACAGACAUGAGCAUUUACAGAUUCCAGGACGGCACGUUUCAGGAGUUCCUGGAGCCGUUCCUGGAAGGGGACCUGGGCUACGGAAGAUACUUCGAUCACGUGGCUUCGGCGUAUGCACUUAAGGACGAACCUAACGUGUUCUUUGUCACGUACGAAGAGCUCAAAAGGGACACCCGAAGCGUGGUGCUGAGGUUGGCUCACUUCCUCGGUGACAGCUACGGCCGCGCCCUCGAAGAGGACGAAGAGAUGCUUCAAAAGAUCUUGAAAUGGUCCCAGCCAGAAAAUAUGAGAAAAGUCAUAGUUUGGGAUAUGUUGGUGAACCCGACGUCCGAAUGGCAGGACCUAUUUGUGCGCAACAAUGUGACCAGCAAGCUCGGCUACGAGGGAGACAACCGCAAGUACAGUUUGGUGAGAGAAGCCCGGGUUGGAAGCUGGAGGGACUACUUCACGCCGAGCCAGCUAGCACGUUUCGAAAAGAAGAUACAAGAAGAAGGAGAGAAGGCCUCUUUCAUGCACCUAUGGAAGGACAUUCGGGAAGAAGCAAUUUCGCUAUCCUUGGCUCCCACCGAGUAGGUUUUUCACUGCAUGCCCUCUCACGUGCACUAUCGUAUCUACGGAAGCAAGGGCGGAAAGAAAUAUGUGAGCUGCCAGUACAUACCAUAUAGAUAUAGCAUGGCUCUAUUUGAAACUGUAGCCUCUACUGCCGACGUGCAGCUGCAUAACCAGAUGGCUGUAUUAUACUCGUGUAUAAGACAAAAAUCAUCACGAAGCGUUUAAUAAAACUGUAUU